AUGAGCUUCGUGAGCUCCACGCGAACGUGCAAUGAGCCCAUCGAUUGGGCCAUGAGCAACAAUCAGCGCAUCCACGGCGACGGGUACGGGCGCUACGAGUACCCCGCCGAGGAGGAGCCCGAGAAGACGAUUCCGCCUCACCUCGUUCGGAGCCAGCAGAAGGAAUUCGAGGCUGAUUUUGGGCAGCGCAGACGCAAGGUUGAGGGCGAGGGCGGCUACUUGGGCGGCAUGCGCAUGCCCCCCAAGGGCAUGAACAACCUCGAGGGUCGUAAAGACCUGUUCGGGAUCAUGAAGCAGCAGAGGCCGAAGAGUGGCGAGGUUGCCAACCCCGAUUCGUGGAUCGGACGGCCGGGCAACAAUCCCCAGGCCGGCAAGGCAAUGUGCGCCAAUUCUCCAAAGCUCCGCGCGGACCGCGUCAACGACUGCCUCAAGGAUAUCUCGUUCAUCAAGAAGCACGGCGAUCCUAACCGUCCGCAGUACUACGACGGCGAGUGGAUCGGUAAUCCGGGCCACAGGACCCAGCCCGCGCCCCCCAUCGACACCAACGUGGGCGGGUACAGGCACACGCAGUUCCGGUCCACCGCCGAGUCGCGGAAGGAUUUCUUCGCGAGGAUGUACGGCGACCCCGACCACCGCGGCGGCGAUUUGGACGGGUGGCUCGGCAACCGCAAGAUCGACCCGUCCAAGGGACUUUUCCGCCCGGACCGCGUCGAGGACGAGCUCGGGCCGGGUCUCAUCAAGAAGAAGGACACCCCCGACGCGGGGGCGCCGGGGUACCUGCGACCGAUUAAGGACCAGACGGAGGAGUUCCUGGAGUGCUUCAAGCCCGAGCUGUACAAGGAGCAGGAGCCCACGUCUCCGAUGUCGCGCGCCGCGAGGCCCGAGGACAUGAAGCCCACGAUGAAUCGCGGGCCGAAGAAGGUGCCGGAGCCGGUGGGACGAUCGCAGCGGCGGGGCAUGUACGGGAUCAUGAGCCACGGCACCAGACCGGAUGGAGCCGUCGGCGACGAUUUCUUACCAACCGGGCGGCACGGCGUGAAAGUCCCGGGGGCGGACACGGAGGUUGGAAAGGGGCAGCUGCUGCUGUACACGAACGAGUACUGCUCGUCGAUGGGCCGACGGGGCAUCGACGAGCUGGAAGACGAGCUCUAG